AUCAGAUAUAUUCAGAUAUGACAGAAGAUGUCUGAAUAUAUCUUUAAAGCGGCUGGACUUACCAUAUCAUUACACUACAUGUGACAGCUCAUCAGUGUGACAGUUGCUCAGUGAUUGUGUACUUCCUGAAUAACUUGUUCAGCUGCCCUCUUAUUACCUCAGAGCAAGCUCCUCCCAUCACCACGUCGACAAGACUCAUUGUCGGGCGCUUGAUAUUCACCUAGACCGGUUUCUUCCUCCUUCUAAGCAAUCAAUGUUCAACCAGUGGAGUCGCUUAUGUCCGCUCUGACUCUAACACUUAGUAGAAUAAUUAAACCAAAAAAAAAGAAUGAAACUAUAACCUGAAAUGAGUCAUCUGCCUGCCAUCGCUUAUGGAAGUGUGUCACUCCAAGCCUGGUUCCCCCAUGCCUGCUUCUCCAGGCUAUACUCGACUUGAGCAUAAUGAGCCUAUGAACCCGCUGCGUAUCUCCGUAGGAGGCCUCCCCAUGUUGGCUUCCAUGGCCAAUGCCACCGACCCCCGGUUCCGCCUUAAGUGGAGGCCCAUCGUGGCAGUAGCUGGCUCUGUGGCGUUAAUCCUGCUGCUUUUAAUGCACUUCAGCUCGGGCUUACGGUACCGCUCCUAUGGCUCACGCAGCUGGAGAGUCAACCCGAGCGACGGCCACCAGUCGGAUUUGCAGUACAACGACACCUACCCCCUCAGUCCACCCGAGCGCACGGCGCAGGGCACCCGCUAUCGCAUCGGCGUCAUCGCUGACUUGGACACCAGCUCUCUCAGCGACAAGAAGAUGACGUGGUUCAGCUACAUGCGGCGGGGGUACCUGCUGGUGUCAGAGAGCGGUGACAAGGUGGCCGUUGAAUGGGAUGUUGACAGGGUGGUGCUGGAAAGCCACCUGUCGGAGAAAGGCAGGGGCAUGGAGCUGUCUGAGCUGGUGGUGUUCAAUGGGAAGCUUUACAGUGUCGAUGACAGAACGGGUGUAGUCUACCAUAUAGAUGGAGAAAAGGCUGUACCCUGGGUCAUCUUACCCGAUGGCGAUGGCAGCGUUGCAAAAGGAUUCAAAGCCGAAUGGCUGGCAGUGAAGGACGAGCACCUGUAUGUUGGCGGUCUCGGGAAAGAGUGGACCACCACUGAAGGCGAAUUUGUCAACAACAAUCCAGAAUGGGUGAAAGUCGUGGGCUUCAGAGGCGACGUACAGCACAAGAACUGGGUUCCCAAGUACAAAUCCCUGAAGUCCGCCGCAGGGAUAGAGCAACCAGGCUAUUUGAUUCACGAGUCUGCAGCAUGGAGCGACACCCUACAGCGCUGGUUUUUCCUUCCUCGCCGCGCGAGCAGCGAGCGCUACGAAGAGACGGCGGACGAGAGACGCGGCGCGAACCUCGUCCUUAGCUGCUCGCCAGAUUUCAACGACAUCAAAGUCAGCCGAGUGGGUGUACUUAAUCCUACCCACGGUUUCUCCUCCUUCAAGUUUGUCCCCAACACUGAUGACCAGAUCAUCCUGGCGCUCAAGUCUGAAGAGGACGCUGGGAAGAUUGCCACGUACAUUAUGGCCUUCACACUUGAUGGGCGCAUCCUUUUGCCUGAAACUAAGAUCGGAGAUGUAAAAUAUGAGGGCUUGGAGUUUAUAUAGAGGACUCACACACAGAGACACUCACACUUGAGGCCACUUCACUGUGGUUCCAGUUUGUUUACAGUCACUGUUGAACUUUUUGCACUCGCUGCUUCCUCAUUGAGUCUAAAACACAUAACUCCAACCGUUGAAGCGACAUCGUCAAUACAAAUAAAAGAACUAAUGGCUGAAAGAGUAAAGUUUCAAGAAUGUGCGGAUCUGGUUGUGGUGGACUGCGUUCUUCCUAGGCCAAAUGUGGGCUUAAACAGUACUGUAGCCUUUCUUAUAAUGAAUGUACAAAAGCUAAUUUAUCAGACUGUGAUUUGCUUUGGUUUUUUUCCCCUGGAAAAUUCAUCUUUAUGCACACACUAUACACACUCAGAAGGUCUAAGGUUUUUCCCCUUUGCUCUGUUUUCCAUAGUAUCACUCUGUCCACACGAGUAUUGUCAGUGGGAUAGCAAAAGCCUUGUUUUUAAUCCUGUAUAUUGUUUGAAGAAUGUUUUGGUGAUUUUAUCCUAUGUAGUUUUGUUUGGGUUUUUUUGUGCGUGUGUGUGCGUGUGUGUGGAGCGAGGUGACUGAGUAAAAUCUUAAUUCCUA